CGCUGUAAAGGGUCUGUGUGGUGGAAAGAGAGUGACAGGAGGAAAAAAACGCAGCAGCGACCGCAGUCUGGAGGCAGCUAGAUACCGGUUAACUUUGAGAAUCAGAAUCAGAGUCAUUUUAAAGUCCUAGAUAGAUGCACGAAUAGCAUAGCGGGUUAUAGACAACUUAAACUUCGCCUGCACUCUCCAGAGUGAACACUUUCUGGACAAAACAAACGGCCAAACCAGCUGUCCUUGGAUAAAGGUCUGUUGUGCUCCCCCAGUAAUGCAGUCAUUGGACAGCUCCCAUAAGUGGUCGUCACGCGAGUCCCUCUCCUCCACUCCCAGUUUCCUGUACAGCGAGAGCGACCAGACGGAGGAUGAGGGUGACGUCUUCUCGGAGGGGGAGGGCGGACGGGCUCCGCUUGAUCACUUCUCCCUGGCAAACGCCACGGCCUCGGCCCCAGCCAGCGCCGCUACCACUGCCAGCCGGACCCACCGCCACUCCGCAGGGUACCAGCGAAAUACCCGGCCGGAGGGGAAGUUGGGUGGGGUAGAUCACCACCACCACCACCACCACCACGGGCAACCCCCCUCCUGCAUUGCCACGGGCCCACGCUCUGAGGGGGACUUGGCCUUUGCACAAAAGUGUGCGGAGCUGCGCGGCUACCUCAGGCCUCUACUGGUGCUGCUGAAUGGCCUCAAGACUGGCAGGUUUGACAAAGGUCUGAACACAUUCCAGCAAAGCGUUGCCAUCGAUAGACUGCAAAGGAUCGUGGGAAUGUUGCAGAAGCCUCAUUUGGGAGAGAAGUAUCUGUGUACACUGCACCAGGUGGAGAUGAUGCUGCAGACCUGGUUUCCUCAGGUGCGCUCCUCCUCCUCCGAGCACUCGUCCUCUUCCUCCUCCUGCUCCUCAGCCUCUUCCUCAUCCUCCUCCUCGCCUCCCGACCGCCGCAACACCACCCCCAGCCCCUCAGCACACUGGCACCAGGACCAGCUGCACAUCCCAGUCAAAAAGCGCAGGAGGAGUUGGUCGGACUCGGACUCGUGCAGCUCCAUCCCCCCAGUGUCCAAGCGGGCCGACGGACAGCGGAGAGAAGAGCACGCCAUUGGCCCAGACAAGGGCACACCCCCGACGGAGGAGGAGUCGACGGCGUCCAAUCACGGCACCGAUCUCACUGACCCAAUCUCUGACGGGACCGCCCACAAGGCCAAGCAGAGGAGAAGAGGACUAGUUGGGGGUGUGCCUCCACUUGUCCUCCCUCCGUCCUGUACAGGAAACCACGUUGACACCCAGGACAACUUUGUCUCUUCCACCACCCCCAUCACCGCUCACAUGCCACACGUCGCCAAUCUGCCAUCCCUACAACCUCUCGGCAAAAACAGCAGCGGCAAACAUGACGCUCUGAAGGAAGGUGAACUUGGAGAGGGUGAUGACACUGGGGAACAACAUGGCCCAUAUUCAAAGGAGGCUGCCUUCACAAACAGUUCAGUUUGUAGUGGCGUACCUGGCUCUGAGAAUGACACAUAGCAAUGCUAGUGCCCAGGGUAGCUGGUGUUCAAAUCUGAUUGUGCGCUGCCAUGUUGGUAUUUAAAAAGGAAUAUUUUGGAUUUUAGACAUUGGAUUGUGGCACAUUUUGAGAGCAUAUUGGAAAUGGAUGUUUUUUUUUAAAAAACAUCCUACUUGAUGUCUUAUUUGCUGGUCUCUUUCUUCUUCAUGCACAAGGUAAACACAGAUGGUCAUUGGAAUAUUGAAAUCCUUUGUCUUCUCAAAGAAGUUGGAAGAGGCUUCAUCUGAUACAUAUUAUUAUGUAGACGAUAGGCCAGAAUGCAUGAAUGCUAUUGAAGUGGUGUACAGAGUAUGCAGUGCAUUGCAGUGCUUUUGCUACUGUCAGUCACUCCCGUGGUAGUACUACUGGAAUCACUUUGAGCCCAGAGACAUGGUAGCCACUUUGAGUAUUCAAAACAAGGAACAGCUAGGGAUGUUGAUUAUCUAGAAGCGAUCUGACGUUAUGUACUGAGAAAAGGAUUUAUUCAUGAAGCAAGUGUGAUUUUGUUCUUCUGCCUGAAUGAACUUGUUGAUAAAUGUAGGAUGCAACUUCAUUAACCUUACAGUAGUUAGCAGGCUUGUGACAUUGUUAAACACCAAACGCAUAAGAACAUCCAAAUAGAUUUAAGCACAGCCAAAAGUGUGAACCAUCUCUCUCUUUUUGGACAACUCAGUAAAGAGAAACAAACAUUAUCGAGUCAAAUAAUCACUCCAUAACAUAGUCACAAAAUAUACACACACACAUGCUACUUACCAUCUGUAGCAUGGUGAAUGAAAUGUACAACAGACAACAUAGACUGAUGAUGGAGCUAAAAAAACUGCCUGUGGUCCAUUGAGCCUUCAGACUUGAAUUGUGAUCAACCACUAGAUUAGCGAAAGUAGCAAACGAAUAAACAACAUGAGGAAUGUUUUUGGCAAGAACAUUGGGCAUUCUUUUCACCCCAAGGGGUCAUCAUUACUUGAAGAAACUGGACUACAAGUAGCCUUAACGUGGUCCUAAAGGACGCAGGGUCACUUCGUGGGAACAUCUAAGCAGACUCUUUGACAACUUGUUGAUGUGUGUAUUUAUUUGGUGGUUGAUUGGUUGCACAUACGGUCCUUGUGAUGUUUUUUUUUUUAUCUUUGCUGUGUCAACUGGUGUUAUUUUAAUGUAAAGAGAAAGAAGUGUCAUUGCCAAAACCUACUUGCACAUGAGUAUUCAAAGGCUCUCUAAAUAUGUUUUCUCGAUGGUAUGGAAAUAAUAUUGUUUGUCCCUUUUUAUUUAGGUCCUUUAUGGAUGAUUUGUGAAAGCUUUUUUACUGUUCUGUCAUUUCAUACUCUAUUCUUUGUUUGUAUUGCUAUCUCUGUUUUUUUAUAUACUUUUUUUAAUCGGUCCGCUAUGUAUUACAUCUUGAAAUGAACAGCUUAUUUGGUACGCUUGCCCAUAUACUUCAAAAAUAUGUGCAUUGUAGCCAUGAAAGGCUGGGAUCUUUUAUUUUUAAAACACCGCCAUGACUCAAACAAUACAAAUAAUUUAAAAAGUAUAACUAAAAAUCUGAAGAAUCUGGAAGUAGAUGGUAGAGAUGUAUAUUUACACUAAUUUUCAUCUUUUUUUGUAUGGUGAAAUACAUACAGUUCUGUAGUGACAUCAUUCAAUGCUUGUCACGAACGAUCUGUUGUCAAUCUGUCUGUCCUUUGCUGCUGUGUGGCAAGCAGUAUCAUUUGUAGCUUCUAUUUGGAUAGACUGGAAACGGUGUGAUAGUACAUUCUAAAUAUGACUGAAAUGUUAGCAAGACACUAGAGGAGUGCAUGAGAAAGAAUGGAUAAAGGCAUUGGACUUUAGUAGCCAGUAAGAACCUGCUGUUAGCUUAGGUAGUUUUUGUUACUGCAAGACUUUUUUGCAUCUGCUUCGAGGCAACCCCUGCAUUGAUUUCCCAAUGCUAUCUCUGUCUUACAUAAUAUACUGUAUGUUCAUGUUUUUUUUUUACUCUUCUUCUGGGACGUUGCAGUGGUUUAUUGUUCAAAGAUGAUCAAUCAGUUACAACAUUUUUGAAUGAAUAAAAAAGAAUGUGUUACUCAUAUUUUAA